AUGAUUGCCGUUCUUGGAGAUUUUUAUGUUCCUCCAAAGAUGUUUAAGGCAUCAAUGAAAAUAUGGCAUAAAUUAAUCUUGAGAAGAAUCGGUAACUUUUUCAUUAACACCUAUGGGAUUAUAAAAUAUAAGAGAGAAACCGAUUUGAACUUAAAAUUUAAUGACUGGAAAGAAAUUGGUAUGGAAAAGUUUGUCCAAACCAAUAAAGUUUUCUCAGCAGCCUGCAAUAAACCUGUUAAUCAAAGAUCUUCAUUUAUUAAAUCUCAAUUAGAUAAUAUUGCUGGAGAUUUAGUUAUUCAAAAUUUGAUUAAAAGGGCAGCUAGUUUCCCAAGCAAUACUAAAAUCGAUUGGGAAUUAUUAUCAGUUGAAACUAACCCCAAAAUUGUCACUUUCAUAUGUUUACCAGAUGCAAACGAUCUUGCUACUUAUGUCCAAUUCACUAUGAAUGUUACUACUAAACAAAAAGUUACUUUAACUGAUGCUAAUAAAAAAGUUACUACGAAAGAAACAACUGCAAGCGAAAAUCUUGUUUAUACAAUGGAUCCAUUUGCGGAUGAAUUAGUUUUUGUAGGUACCGUCUUUGAAUCUAGUUUUGAAAAAGGAAUCCAACCUGAACUUAAUAGAAACAAUCCAAAAAUUAUGUCUCAAUUUCAACGUGCUUGUGCUGAUAUUUACAGAUCAGCUCCUGCAAUUGAAGGUAAAUAA